GAGGAGAUAGCGAGUCCGAUAGACCGAUAGCGAGACUGCGAGAGACGAAAACAGAGGGAGACCGUGGCCGCCCGCCCGCCGGCGUUAGCUUCCCCCGCCUCGCCUAGCCCACACGCGCAACACCGCCCCCCCCCCCCCCCCCCCCCCGGGCUGAAGAGCUGUGCCACCGCCAGGUCGCCGUCCGGCCGUCGUUGACUCCCUCCCCGACACCUCUAGUACAGGAACAGGCGGCAGCGGGCAGCCCCCAAUUGGUUGGGCUUCCCAGAUAAUUUCUCUCUUGCUGCAUUAGGAUCUUCCAUUUUUGGAAAUGGCAGCACCCAAGCCCAUAUCUCGGAUUAUCUCCCAUGUCAUUCUUGAUUUGGAUGGCACCCUCUUAAAUACAGAUUCCAUCGUAAGCCAAGUGGUUAAACCAUUUCUUGUAAAAAAUGGGAAAAAUUGGGAUAGCAAGAAAGCUCACAAAUUAGUUGGAAAGACACCUUAUGAAGCUGCAGCAGUUGUUUUGGAAGAUUACGGACUCCCUUACUCCACAGAAGAGUUCCUCUCAAUGAUUACUCCAAUGUUCAGUCAGCAAUGGGGCAACAUAAAAGCUCUUCCAGGAGCUAAUCGCUUAAUAAAACAUUUAAAGAGUAACAGGGUGCCAACUGCUUUAGCUUCCAACUCUUCAAGAUCAAACAUUGAAUCCAAAAUUUCUUGCCAUAAAGGAUGGAAAGAUUCGUUCUCUGCAAUCGUUGGUGGAGAUGAAGUAGAGAAGGGGAAGCCAUCCCCAGAUAUAUUUUUGGAAGCUGCAAAAAGAAUGAACAUUGAUCCUUCAAAUUGCCUAGUAAUUGAGGAUUCCUUGCCAGGUGUUACAGCUGGUAAAGCUGCAGGAAUGCAUGUCAUAGCUGUACCUUCAGUACCCAAAAGGACUGACGAAUUCAGUUCUGCUGAUGAGAUUAUCAACUCUCUCCUUGACGUAAAGCCUGAAACGUGGGGUUUGCCACCGUUUAAUGAUUGGGUUGAAGGUACCUUACCAAUAGAACCAUGGUUUAUCGGUGGACCUGUGAUCAAAGGAUUUGGCCGUGGUUCUAAAGUACUAGGAAUACCAACAGCCAACUUACCCGCAGAAAACUUCUCCGACAUACUGUCCGAGCAUACAUCAGGUGUAUACUUUGGCUGGGCUGGACUUUCAACGCGAGGUAUAUAUAAGAUGGUCAUGAGCAUUGGUUGGAACCCUUACUUUGAUAACACAGAGAAGACUAUCGAACCAUGGUUGCUUCAUGGUUUUGAUGAGGACUUCUAUGGAGAGGAGCUGCGUCUUGUUAUUGUUGGCUACAUACGACCUGAGGCCAACUUUCCUUCACUUGAGAGCUUGAUAGAGAGGAUUCACGAGGAUGGGAGGAUAGCAGAGAAAGCCCUGGAUUUACCAGCAUAUGCCAAGUACAAAGAGUCACCGUAUUUGAGAAACCCGUUGCAACAGGGCAGUUCUGUUAUUGGGAACGAGACAGGGCAAGAUUCCAAGUGACAGAGCUUCGAAUGGGUUCAAAGACACAUUCCAGCAUUCUCUAUAUCUGAAAAAGAAAAUGCAUUGUUGCUGCAGUAACAAUGCCAUUGCGGCCUUGAGAUUGUCUUACUCUGUUCUUCACACUGUUUUGAGCAGCUUCAGUACCAUUGCACGGCAGGCUGCAUCCCAAACAGGGAUGUUGAUUGUUGUCUUGUUGAGAACUUCUCUAGAUUCCUGCUGAGAAGCCCCCAGAAGUGAAAGUAUCAUGCUGUAUAAACCAGGACCUUUCCUUUUCGUAACGUAUGCGAUGAGACUUGUGAAGAUAGGUUGCAGAUGUAACCUUGUCAGGGUGUGAAAACUAUACUAUCUUCUCAGGUUCCCAUAGAUUUCGUACCUGUCA